GACUGUUUCUGUCUCGAUUGUGGUCCACCGAGAUGGGUCGUCAAGAUUCCUUUUCAGUCAAGGACCAACCACCAAUUUAUCAACGUGGUGCACGCAAUGUGUCUCAAUAUCAUCGAUGAAAAAGCGCCAAUGAAGUGAAGAAACAUUGUGGCUGACUGGAUCAUCCGCUGCUAUGAACGAACCUCCUCCAGAGGAAAACAAAGGAGCACGGAGACCCAAGUGCGCUCGCUGCAGAAACCACGGUCUCAUAUCUUGGCUCAAGGGACACAAGCGACAGUGCAGAUUCAGGGACUGUGCCUGCGCAAAGUGCAAUCUCAUCGCCGAGAGGCAGCGCAUUAUGGCAGCUCAGGUGGCCCUGAAACGUCAGCAAGCCGCCGAGGACGCUAUCGCGAUGGGCCUCAGAGCAGCGGCUACGGGAACGGCGUUGCCGUACCUUCCACCGGGCCCCAUCUUUGGGCUUCCCUUGGCUGCCCGUGCAAUGGCUCAAGCCAAGGGAAAGGCACGCGACGCCGCCAAGAGAACCAGAGAACCCUCCUCCAAUGAAGUCGAGAAAAGUACUUCCGAUACAGACGACGCAGCCCAUAGUCCACCAUCCGGGCCAUCUCCACGUUGCACGACACCAGUGCUCUGUCCAGACGGCCGGUUGAGUCCACCAUCUAUGUUGGCCCGCGUAUUUCCUCAACAUAAGCGUGGCGUCCUGGAGCUUGUCCUUCGUUCUUGCCAAGGUGACCUUCUGCGAGCCAUUGAGCAACUAGUGGCCCGCGUUCCGGCCCGCAGCGCCUUCAGACCCCCGAGUCCUCCAGCGGCUCACCAACAGUCCGCGGAUUUGUUCCUCACGAGGUCCGCUGGUCUUCCACUUAUGCCGGCAUUUACGCCGUACCCGCUUCUGUUACCGUGCCCUCCUGGUUGUGUUCAGUGCCGAGCGAGGGUCUUGACUUCAUCCGAAGUGACUUCUUAGGACACUCGUUACCGAUUCACGGAAGAGUGGAAGGAUCGGACGAUUCGUGGUCAUUUGAUGAUCGCGAUCAAGAUCGAAUAAAGGGCAAUUAGGAAGGCCAGCAACCCAAAAGUAGCUUUCUUUCACCCACAAUUUUCGUGCUGGUCGCAAGAAUCACGCAGUUGAAUAAGAAAUAAGAUUUACUCGAGUGCGUUCUUUGAAACGUCGUAAACUGUAACAGUUUCCGCGUAAUACUUUCUGCUGUGCAUGUUGAGGGCUAAACGGGGACACUCAAAAUAGUAUCAAUGUCAUCAACAUAUCAACGGGCCUCGAAUUAAAGUUUGCGUUAUUGCCUUCUAUUGAUAGUGGAAUUACAGUGAAUACUAUUCUCGUGUCUACAUGCUUUGUCAAUAAAGUCAUCGUGAUGUUCC